AUGAACACAACCCGCAUCCUCCGCCGCGGCCUCACCACCGCCGUCGCCCGCCCACGCUUCGCCCGCCCCGCCACAGCCCUCCCCACCCUCUGCACACACUCCUCCCGCCGCGCCGCAACAACAGAGGCCCACGAGCGCCCCGCGACCACCGCCACGGCCACCAAGAGCUCCGCAAAGGGCAAGGAAGUGCGUCUCACCGCCGAAUCAUACCCGCACAUCGCCCGCAACCCCAAGUUCUCCACCAUCACCGCCGACGACAUCGCCCACUUCCAGUCCAUCUGCCCCGUCCUCUCCCCCUCCACCGGCCACACCGCCUCCGACCUCGACCCCUUCAACACCGACUGGAUGCGCAAAUACCGCGGCCAAACCACCCUCGUCCUCAAGCCCACCAGCACGCACCAAGUCUCGCAAAUCCUCACCUACUGCCACGCCCGCGCCCUCGCCGUCGUCCCGCAGGGCGGCAACACCGGCCUCGUCGGCGGCUCCGUCCCCAUCUUUGACGAAAUCGUCAUCAACCUCUCCGCCCUCAACAAGAUCCGCUCCUUCGACGCCGUCUCGGGCGUGCUCACCGCCGACGCCGGCGUCAUCCUCGAAGUCGCCGACCAGUACCUCGCGCAGCAGUCGCACCUCUUCCCGCUCGACCUCGGCGCAAAGGGCUCCUGCCACAUCGGCGGCAACGUCGCCACCAACGCCGGCGGCCUCCGUCUCCUCCGCUACGGCUCCCUGCACGGCAGCGUCCUCGGCGUCGAGGCCGUCCUCCCCGACGGCACGGUCCUCGACGACCUCAGCACGCUGCGGAAGAACAACACGGGCUACGACCUGAAGCAGCUGUUUAUCGGCAGCGAGGGCACGCUGGGCAUCAUCACGGGGGUCAGCAUACUGUGCCCGCAGCGCCCCGCGGCGACGAACGUCGCCUUCUUCGCCCUCGACUCGUAUGAGGCCGUGCAGCGCGCGUUCACGAUGGCAAAGACGGAGCUGUCCGAGAUCCUGAGCGCGUUCGAGAUGAUGGAUGGGCGCUCGCAGGAGCUGGUCGCGGAGGUGACGGGGAAGCGGCGGCCGCUGGAGGGGGAGGCGACGCCGUAUUAUGUGCUGAUUGAGACGAGCGGGAGCAACAAGGAGCACGACGACGCGAAGCUCGAGGCGUUCCUCGAGCAUGUGAUGGAGGAGGGUGUUGUGAGCGAUGGCGUGCUGGCGCAGGACGAGACGCAGGCGCGGGCGCUGUGGGGGUGGCGCGAGGGCAUCCCGGAGGUGCUGGGGCAUUGGGGAGGGGUGUAUAAGUAUGAUGUGUCGAUCCCGCUGCCGCAGCUAUAUGACCUGGUACGUGAUGUGCGGGCGAGGAUGGUGGAGGAGGGGCUGCUGUCGGAGACGGAUCGGGCGGCGGCGGAGACGCCCGCCGAGUUUCCGGUCAUUGCCGUGACGGGGUAUGGGCAUAUUGGGGACUCGAAUCUGCAUCUGAACGUGGCGGUGAGGGCGUACGAUAAGAGGGUGGAGAAGGUGCUGGAGCCGUUCGUGUAUGAGUGGAUCCAGAAGGUGCGGGGCAGCGUCAGUGCGGAGCAUGGGCUCGGCGUGGCGAAGAGGGAGUUUGUGGGGUACUCGAGGGGCGAGACGGAGCUCAAGGUUAUGAAGUCGCUGAAGGACCUGUUUGAUCCUAAGGGUAUCAUGAACCCGUACAAGUACAUCAAGUCGUAG